AUGGCCGAGCCAAACGCUACUAACGCAAAUACGAGCGGCGGACGACAGCCGCGGGACCGAAAUUAUAGAGCAGUAGCGAACCCAACCCGCUCCAAAGAGAACGGCGGUCAGUUCCAGGAUCUGCUCGUGGAAAUGGUGAUGGGACCGCCGCGCCAGCCAUGGAACAGUAACAAUCAGCUCCAGCGCGCCACAGCUUACUACGCCGAACCGGACGUUCCUAUCUACAACGCCCCGCCGCCCCCUCCAUCCGCUCCUCCUGAUGCCUUCUGGGCGGAGGGUUUCGAGGGUACCGAGUCCGACGGCUAUGAAGGCAAUAACGCUGACCACGGCGAUGACUAG